CUCCUAAAACGUAAAAUAUAUAAUCUAAUAUAAACUUGAGAUAAUAUAUUGGUUGUGUGUCUUUGUGUCAUGGAAGAAGUCAAAUAAGACAAACAAAAAAGUCAAUGGUGAAUCCAUAGACAAUUUUUGUAUAUCCGAUCUUCAACAUUUCUCGCUACUCAAACCUCAUGGCUUCUUCUUCUUCUUCUUCGUCUCGCACGUGGAGAUACCGCGUCUUCACGAGCUUCCACGGACCAGACGUCCGUAAAACCUUUCUCAGCCAUUUACGAAAAGAGUUUAUCUGUAAUGGGAUCACCAUGUUUGAUGAUCAAGGGAUCGAGAGAGGUCAAACCAUUUCCCCAGAACUUACACAAGGGAUCAGGGAAUCGAGGAUCUCUAUAGUCUUACUAUCAAAGAAUUAUGCUUCUUCCAGCUGGUGUCUGGAUGAGCUGUUGGAGAUUUUGAAGUGCAAGGAAGAUAUGGGACAAAUAGUGAUGACUGUCUUCUACGGAGUAAAUCCAUCUGAUGUGCGGAAACAGACAGGAGAAUUUGGUAUGGCUUUCAAUGAAACUUGUGCUCGUAAAACAGAGGAGGAGAGGCGAAAAUGGAGCCAAGCUUUGAAUGAUGUGGGCAACAUAGCCGGAGAACACUUCCUAAACUGGGAUAAUGAAUCGAAGAUGAUUGAAAAGAUUGCUAGGGAUGUUUCAAACAAACUAAACGCUACACCUGCUAGGGAUUUUGAAGACAUGGUGGGACUGGAAGCACACUUGAAGAAGAUACAGUCUUUGUUACAUGUAGAUUUGGAGGAUGAAGCUAUGAUUCUUGGAAUCUGUGGCCCUGCAGGCAUUGGUAAGACGACCAUCGCCAGAGCUUUACAUAGCCGACUCUCUAGCAGUUUCCAGCUCACUUGUUUUAUGGAGAAUCUUAGGGGAAGCUACAAUGGUGGUCUUGACGAGUAUGGUUUGAAGCUGCAAUUACAAGAGCAACUUCUCUCCAAAAUUUUAAACCAGAAUGGUAUGAGGAUAUACCAUUUAGGUGCAGUACCGGAAAGACUAUGCGACCAAAAAGUGUUUAUCAUUCUUGAUGACGUGGAUGAUCUGAAGCAACUUGAGGCUUUGGCUAAUGAAACUAACUGGUUUGGUCCUGGAAGCAGGAUUAUCGUAACCACAGAAGAUCAAGAAAUUCUGGAGCAACAUGAUAUCAAGAAUACAUACCAUGUAGAUUUUCCAACUAAAGAAGAAGCUUGUAAAAUAUUUUGUAGAUAUGCUUUUAGACGGAGCUUAGCACCAUGUGGUUUUGUACAGCUUGCCGAAAGAGUAACAGAGCUUUGUAGUAACCUUCCUCUGGGUCUCCGUGUCAUGGGUUCAACUUUACGCGGAAAGAAGGAAGGUGACUGGGAAGGUAUAUUGCAUAGGCUAGAAAAUAGCCUUGAUCAACAGAUCAAUGGAGUACUUAGAGUCGGAUACGACACUUUACAUAAGGAUGAUCAAUAUCUAUUUCUCCUCAUUGCAUUCUUCUUCAACUACCAAGACGGUGAUCAUGUGAAAAUAAUGCUCAGUGACAGUAAUUUGGAUGUCAGUCUCGGUUUAAAAACCCUCACGUAUAAAUCUAUUAUACAAAUAGCUAACGACGGAAAUAUAGUGAUGCAUAAGUUACUACAACAAGUGGGUAGAGAAGCGGUUCAAUUACAAAAUCCUAAGAUACGCAAAAUCCUAAUAGAUACUGAUGAGAUUUGUGAUGUCCUCGAAAAUGGAUCUGGUAGUAGAAGUGUGAUGGGUAUAUCUUUUGAUAUAUCCACAAUCCAAGAUGGCGUGUAUAUAAGCGCAAGAGCUUUUAAAAAAAUGUGUAAUCUUCGAUUUCUCAACAUUUACAAGACAAGAUGUGAUGGAAAUGAUAGAGUGCAUGUACCAGAGGACAUGGGUUUUCCACCUCGUCUAAGGUUACUACGCUGGGACGUAUACCCUGGAAAAUGUCUCCCUCGUACGUUUAGUCCGGAAUAUCUUGUGGAACUCAAAUUGCAACAUAACAAACUGGAGAAGCUUUGGGAAGGAACCCAGGUUGGUUUUUAUAUUUGCGUACUUCGAAUAUUUGAAGUAUGUCUCUCAUCAUGUGUUGAUGAAAUUUCCUCUUUUGUAUCGUUUUACAUUCAGCGGCUUACAAAUCUCAAGAAGAUGGAUCUGACUGAGUCCCGGAAGUUAAAGGAACUCCCGGAUCUUUCAAAUGCUACAAAUCUUGAGCAACUGACUCUGGUUAGUUGCAAGAGUUUGGUAAGACUUCCUUCUUCUAUUGGAAAUCUUCAUAAAUUAGAGUGGUUGCUGGUGGGUCUCUGUAGAAAUCUACAAAUUGUUCCGUCUCACUUCAACUUGGCAUCUCUUGAAAGAGUCGAGAUGUAUGGAUGCUGGAAGCUGAGAAAACUUGUAGAUAUUUCCACGAACAUCACAACACUCUUUAUCACAGAAACAAUGUUAGAAGAAUUUCCUGAAUCAAUUAGGCUUUGGUCUCGCCUUCAGACUCUUCGUAUACAAGGCAGUCUCGAGGGAUCACACCAGAGUGGCGCAGGUAUUAAGAAAAUUCCAGAUUGCAUCAAAUAUCUUCAUGGGUUAAAAGAGCUUUAUAUAGUUGGCUGUCCAAAACUUGUAUCACUGCCAGAGCUCCCUAGCUCACUCACAAUACUACAAGCAAGCAAUUGUGAAUCACUGGAGACAGUAUCUCUUCCUUUUGACUCUUUAUUUGAAUAUCUCCAUUUUCCUGAAUGCUUCAAAUUGGGCCAAGAAGCACGGACAGUAAUUACCCAACAAUCAUUGUUGGCAUGUCUACCCGGAAGUAUAAUACCUGCAGAGUUUGAUCAUCGAGCUAUUGGUAAUUCCUUGACCAUCCGAUCAAAUUUCAAAGAAUUUAGGAUGUGUGUCGUGGUUUCCCCUAGAAAGCUUAUGAACGGUCCCUUAUUCUGUCGCAUACACAUAAACGGUUUCCCUCUUGAUGAAAACAUAGUUCAAUAUUUCUAUACUCGUACGGCACAUCUGUGUAUAUCCCACACUGAAUUGCUUGACAAGUACGGAUGGCUUGAGCAGGACAACGAGAUAUCAUUCGAAUUCAGCACCUCAUCCCAUGAAGUCGACAUUAUUGAAUGUGGUGUCCAGAUCUUGAUGGACAAAACCGGCAGAAGUUGAUUCAACUCUGUUCCCUUGUCGUUUUUUAGUAAUUUCUUAACUUCUAGUUGAUCUCAUUGUGUUUAUCUGUAUUUUUAAUAUCAAAUCCUGGAUACUGUGACAUGAUUUAU